CUCAAGGACUCGAGGUAUUAUAUAAACAAACUAGGCGUCGGCUGAGGAUGUAGUUCACCUCCGAGCAGGAAGCAAUCACAAACACAAUGAGAACCGUCCUAGCCUGCCUGUUGCUCGUUGGAGUAGCUCUGUCCUACCCCACACUGGAGGUUCGAAACAAGAGGAGUGUCUAUGGAGCUCAUGGUCUUUUUCCAGCAGUAGCUGCCCAUGGUUUGGUCGCCCCAGCCGUCGCUGCGCCUAGCCUUGUCGCACCUGCUGUUGCCGCCGCUAGCUUAGUCGCUCCCGCUACUGCCGCUGGUUCCCUCUACGCAGCCCCAGCUGCUGCCGGCUCACUCUACGCCGCACCCGUAGCAGCCGGCUCAGUCUACGCCGCUCCUACAGCUGCCGGCUCCAUCGCCGCUGCCCCUAGCGCCGCUGGAUCCAUUGUUGCUGCCCCAUCCCACGCUGGUUCCAUCGCUGUCGCCCCAUCCUCAGCUGGUUCCAUCGCUGUCGCCCCAUCCCACGCUGGAUCCAUCGCUGCAGGCCCAAGCUAUGUUGGAUCCAUUGCUGUAGCUCCAUCCCACGCUGGUUCCGUCGCGGCUGCCUUAGCCACCCCUGGAUACGUAAACAGACUUCUUGCGAGUGCAGUAGCACGCCACGAUACUCCAUGGGGUGCAAUUGGACACGGACACUCACUCAGAUAUGGACCCCACUACUACCAAUAAAUAUUAAAUCUACAUAAUUUAAUAAGGCUGUUAAGUAAACAAUUUGUAAUAAACUUUGUAAUUUUUAAAAUAUAACUCCCUAUUACAAAUAAUUAU